AUGGGCCUCCCACCGGAGGUGCUGGCCCUGGACCUGAGCCCCAGCCUGGGCGACGUGCCUCUGUCCGAGCUGUUCGAGCGGGCCCGCACGAUCCACGCCCACCUGGCGUCGAUCCCGGCGUCCGGCGACCGGGGCCGAUCCCUGCUGUGUGCGGCGCUGGCGUGGCUGGCGGAGGCGGAGGCCCGGCUGGCCCUCCUAGGCGUCUUCUCGCCCAACGAGGACGCCGAUGACCUGGCCACAGGGGACCUCAAGUACGUGCUAGUGCCGUUCUACAUGGCGGAGCUAAUGGCGGCGGCGCGGGGCGGUGGCGACCCCGCGGAGGACGGGCGGGCGCUGGUCCGGGCGCUGCGCUGCCUGGCGGCGUUCCUGGAGCGCUGCCGGCAGUACGGGCUGUUCGGUGAGGUCAUCCCUGAUGCUGAGGACUCACAUUCCCCUUUAGAUGCAAAUGCCAGGCGCACCCAAAAGGUGGCAAGGUUCAAGCGAGCCCGGGAGGUUGAGAAGCAGCUGGAGAAGCUCCAGAGGCUAAGAAGCAACAUGGAUAGACUUGAAAAGGACGCCGAAGACCCGUCCCACGUCCUGAAUAUCGACGAGGAGGUCACGCGGCGCACGUGGCUGCUGACCAUCGAGUGGGCGGCGGCGCAGGCCCUCGACCAGCAGCAGGUGCUGCGGCAGGAGGUCGAGAUACUGAAGGUGAUGGAGGAGCGCGGGGAGAGCCGCCAGGGGGGAAACUCCGGGGCGUCCGGGACCUCCGCCCAGGAGGCACCCUCGCAGUCCCACGUGUCCGCCGAGAUGAUGCAGAAGCUGGCGGCUAUUGGCGCCAGCCUCGCCGGGCAAGGGAGGCAGCGGCAGGCCCAGGCGCAGGCGGAGGUGUUCCGGCCCUCCCACAUCCUGCCCACCGUCACCGUGGAGCAGCAGGCCGUGAAGGAGUGGCGCGAGGCGCUGGCGCUGCAGCAGGCGCGGGAGGCCGCCGCGAGCAAGAGGGCCGGCGACGAGUCCGGCGGGUCGGGGUCCGAGGAGGAGGGGGGCAAGGGCGUGUACGAGCAGCGCGCCUGGGAUGACUGGAAGGACGACCACCCCAGGGGGUACGGCAACAGCAAGCUGCGCCCCUGCGCCCAGUAG